AUGUUAGGCAUGCAGCGGGUUUGCAAAACAGUCUACGGAGAGAUGACAACAUUAUGGUCGGUCCACCACCGAAAAGCAACAACGAAGAAAUACCGUUGA